AUGGCAAGUCUCUCUGCUUCAAAGGCUGUUUCCCUCGGCGCCGACGCGGCCUAUCUCAUUGCGAGACCCCCUCCGGAUGCGCCAGACGGCCUCUACGACUGGCAAGUUUCCUCAGAUGCCGCCGACCAAAAGGAGGGCCAUUCAACGACGUCGAACUUUAUCAAUCGUGCUGAGACGUUGGUGUCCAAAGGGCAGUUCAAGCCGGAUCCUAAGGUGUUGGCUGGCGUCACCGACAGCUUUCUCCACCCAGACGCAGUCGAUGACAGGAAGGGUGUUUUCGAGACUGCGCUUGGUAUCAUGGCCCGCGUGGAUCCGACUACUGAUGUUGCCAUGAAGCUCAACGACACAAUCAUUGGAGGGCUAUAUGAUACGGUACCCCAUCCUCCUGCUGCCUAUCUUGGUCCCAAGUACGCUUGGAGACAGGCAGAUGGCUCGAACAACAGCCUCCAAGACCCUGACUGUGGGCGUUCUGGACGUCCUUACGCUCGUAGCGUCCAGGCUCGAAGCAACUUGCCAGUAACAUCCUUGCCAGACCCGGGUCUUGUCUUCGAUACCCUUCUCAGGAAGCGUGACCACAAGACCCACCCUGGCGGGAUGUCAAGCAUGAUAUUUGCAUUUGCAUCUAUCGUCACGCACUCCUUAUUCCGUACGGACUUCAAGGACUGGACCAUCAACAAUGCCAGUUCGUAUCUCGAUCUUAGCCCCUUGUAUGGAGACAACCAAGCAGACCAGGACAAGGUUCGAGACAAGGACCAGGGUCGUGGAUUGUUAUACCCGGAUACAUUCCACGAGGAGCGACUUCUUUUCUUGCCCCCAGCCACUAGUGCCUUAUUGGUCCUUUUCAGCCGAAACCAUAACUAUAUUGCCGAUAAGAUUUUGAAAAUCAACGAGCGCAAGAGGUGGACCAACCCUCCGCCCACUGACCCCGCUGCUCGUGCUCUCCAAGACGAGGAAAUCUUCCAGACUGCUCGUCUAAUCAAUGGCGGACAUUUUAUGACUAUGAUUACUGGAGACUACGCAGCUAGUUUCCUGGGUUCUUCGGAAAACUGCAACUGGAACAUGAAUCCCUUCGACCCUAUCAAGAGAGACGACCUUGUCGUCGAUAGAGGCCGUGGGAACCAUUGCAGCGUUGAGUUCAACGUCUUAUACAGGUGGCACGCGACGACGUCUGCAGUUGACGAGAAGUGGACCGAAGACAUCUUCAAUAGCGCCUUUGGCGGUAAGCCAUUCGAUCAACUAUCCUUGAGGGAUCUCAGUACGAUCGGGAAGAUCUUCGCUGAUGUGCCUGCCGAUCCUUCCAAACGGACAUUCGCCGGAUUGAAGCGCGGUCCAGAUGGCAAGUUCUCUGAUGAUGACCUAGCUAACAUUCUACAUUCCGCCACUUCAAACCCUGCGGGAACUUUCAGAGCUCGUGGCACUCCCCCCGUUCUGCGAUUAGUCGAGAUCAUGGGCAUGGAGCAGGCCCGCCGGUGGGGUGUUUGCACGAUGAACGAGUUCAGGAAGUUCCUGGGACUAAAGCAAUUCGAGUCCUUUGAGGAGUGGAAUCCCGAUCCAGAAAUUGCUGAUGCUGCUCGUCGCUUGUACGGCCAUAUCGACAACCUUGAGCUCUAUCCCGGCCUUCAAGCAGAGCCGACGAUACCUGUUGUGGACGGCAUGAGAUUUGCAUGCGGGUAUACGACUACCAGGGCCGUUCUUGGUGACGCGAUUGCGCUCGUCCGCGGUGAUAGGUUCUACACUACCGACUUCACCCCCUACAAUCUUACCACUUGGGGUUUCCAUGAUUGCCAACGCCACCUUGACAAUGGAGGCGGAGGAGGUCAAAUGCCGAAGCUCUUGAUGCGUAACUUGCCUCGUCACUACCCAUGGAAUUCCACGUACUCGCUAUGGCCAUUCUUCACCCCGGACCACAUGAAUCAAUCGCUUACGAGGCAAGGAAUCUCUGAGAAAUACACCUUCGACAGACCCAUUGCCCAGCCUGUCCCCGUCGUCUUGAAGACCUUCGCGGCGAUCAAAGCCGUCUGGAACGACCCUUCGCGAUUCAAGGUUAUCUACGAAAAGAAAGGCUACGGAUCAAUGCUGUUCUUCGAUGACGCCAAGCAGCACGACGCUGACAGAGCCUUGGUCCUCCACGCGCUGUUCCCCACCCAGGAUUCCAUCAAUCAAUAUGCUGCUUGGUGCCGUGCCGAGACUGUGAAGCUAAUCCAAGAGCGUUCGUGGAAUUAUGAUGGUGCACCAGGAACCUACGUCGAUAUUGUCAAUGGUGUCGUCAACAAUGUUGCUAUUCAUUUCGCGGCUGAAAAGAUUCUCGGAAUAGAGUUGAAGACGAAAUCUAAUCCCCGUGGUCUCCACACGGAGCGAGAACUGUACGCGAUGUUGGCUAUGCUAGUGAGGCCCUACCUAAUGUCCUUGUUUAGAAUUACCUUCCUCGCAUUUGACGAGCCUGAGUCGAAGUUUGCUUUGAAUGAGGCGGCGUCAAGCGCGGGUGGUAUCAUCGGGCUCUUGGCUACCAAGGCUGUCACCGAAGUGGCUCCUUCGACUGUGCCCAACGCAGUUGGAAGACUCCUCGCCGGGGCCAAGUCAUACAUUUGGCCCGAAUCUGAUAAGCCCUGGUAUCCAUUCCUUUCGGAUCUCGCCUCUACCGGCCGUUCAUUGGAUGCUCUUGUUGGAAAUAUCAUCGGUCUCGCUGUCGGUUCCUCUGUGAACUUCGCCCAAGGGGCCGUUCAUGUCGUUGAUUUCUACCUUGAUGAUGCUCGAGCAAAGGAACGCAACGAGAUCAUCCGAUUGGCGCAGAAGGACGACGCUCAGAGCACCGAGCUUCUGCAAGGCUAUGUCCGGGAGGCUAUGAGAUUCAACCCGCAAUUCACUGGCCUCUGGCGUGACGUCGCCGUCGACGCUACCAUCCCACAAGGCGGAAAUCUCCCUCCCAUCAAGGUCAAGGCUGGCGACCGCAUCUGGGGUAGCUUCAGGACUGCCCAUCUCAAUCCCGAUGACUUCCCCAAUCCCCAAGUCGUUGACCCACGCCGACCAAAGGCUUCCUACAACCUGAACGGUACAGGCUUCCACAACUGUCCGGGCACCACCUACGCGCAAGUAGCUAUCACUGAGAUGAUCAAACCGAUAUUCAGUCUGAAGAACUUGCGCCGAGCUGCUGGAGAUGCCGGAGUGCUUGCUGGAUACCACGAUAUCAUCCGUGAAACUGAGACUAACAUCUAUGUCAACCGCGAUGGCACGACUGGUCCAUGGCCGGGCUCCCUUUACGUGCAGUACGACGCUUGA